UUUUCUCUUGUUCCUAAUUUGGCCAUCAUCCCAAUGCCAAAUCUAAAUCACAAUCAUCCCAUGUGACACACACACACACUUUUGCUUAAUUGCUUCAUUCAAACUCUCUUCAUUCAUUCAAAAUCCCAAUAUCCCAUCUAACCCAGAUAUUUUCUUUAUAUAUCUUCCUGUCUUUUUCCACUUUAUCUGUCUCCUUUCAAAGUAUCAUUUGGUAUAUGAUCUCUUUGAUUCUCUUUUGUGGCCUCAUAUAUCUUCCACACCCAGAUUUUCUUUCAUCUUAUUAUCAAUUAAUCUCUUCAUUUUCCCACUUGUCCAUUUCUUCAAUCCUUUAGUGCUCUGAAAUUGGAGGUAGUGGUAGACUGGAGAAAGAAAAAAAAAAGACUAGGAAUUUGAAAUGGCUGAUGAUAAGGUUGAGUCUAAUGGGAGUGGCAAAGAUGGUGUUUCUGAUAUUGUUUCUGCAGCAAAGGUUGCUGCAGUGGCACAUCCAUUAGCUGAAAAAGCUGAAGAGAUUGCUUCCAAUAUCAGUUACCAUGCUCAGUUCAGUCCUCAUUUUUCCCCUCUCAAGUUUGAGCUAGAGCAAGCUUACUAUGCCACUGCUGAGAGUGUUCGAGAUCGUCUCAUAAGGCAAUGGAAUGAAACAUACCUUCAUUUUCACAAAGUUGAUCCCAAGCAAACUUACUACCUGUCAAUGGAGUUCCUUCAAGGCCGAGCUUUGACCAAUGCCAUUGGAAAUCUGAAUAUCCAAGAUGCAUAUGCUGAUGCUUUGCGCAAAUUUGGACUCAAGCUUGAAGAAAUCACAGAGCAGGAGAAGGAUGCUGCACUAGGAAAUGGUGGUCUCGGUAGGCUUGCUUCAUGUUUUCUGGAUUCAAUGGCAACACUAAAUUUACCUUCUUGGGGGUAUGGUUUGAGAUAUCGAUACGGGCUAUUUAAGCAGAGAAUCACCAGGGAAGGCCAGGAGGAAGUUGCAGAGGACUGGCUUGAGAAAUUUAGCCCAUGGGAAGUUGUGAGGCAUGACAUUUUGUACCCUAUUAGAUUCUUCGGUCAUGUUGAGGUUAAUCCUAAUGGAAGUCGAAAAUGGGUUGGAGGAGAGGUUGUGCAAGCACUGGCUUAUGACGUGCCAAUUCCGGGAUACCAAACCAAAAACACCAUCAGUCUUCGCCUCUGGGAAGCAAAAGCAUGUGCUGAAGAUUUUAAUUUAUUUUUAUUUAAUGAUGGACAACAUGAAUCUGCUUCUAUGCUUCACUCGCGAGCUCAACAGAUUUGUGCGGUUUUAUAUCCCGGUGAUGCCACGGAAGAUGGAAAACUUUUACGGCUGAAGCAGCAAUUCUUUCUCUGCAGUGCUUCACUACAAGACAUAAUUGCCCGUUUUAAGGAGCGAAGACAAGGGAAGGGACCAUGGAACUGGGCCGAAUUCCCAACAAAGGUUGCUGUACAAUUGAAUGAUACUCACCCUACCCUUGCAAUACCUGAGCUGAUGCGAUUACUUGUGGAUGAUGAAGGACUUGGAUGGGAUGAAGCAUGGGAUGUGACAUCAAAAACUAUUGCUUACACCAAUCAUACUGUCCUACCCGAGGCACUGGAAAAAUGGUCUCAGCCUGUAAUGUGGAAACUGCUUCCUCGUCAUAUGGAAAUCAUAACCGAAAUAGACAAGAGAUUCACUGCGAUGAUAACUUCCACACGGUUCGACCUUGAGAGCGAGCUUUCCAACAUGCGCAUAUUGGAUAAUAAUCCCCAGAAGCCAGUAGUUCGGAUGGCUAAUUUGUGUGUGGUUUCUUCUCAUGCAGUGAAUGGCGUUGCCCAGUUACACAGCGACAUAUUAAAGGCGGAAUUAUUUGCAAAUUAUGUCUCUAUAUGGCCAACAAAGUUCCAAAAUAAAACCAAUGGCAUUACACCUCGAAGAUGGCUCCGCUUUUGUAGCCCUGAGCUAAGCAGUAUCAUCACUAAAUGGUUGAAAACCGAUGAAUGGGUGACCAAUCUUGAUUUACUAACAGGUCUUCGACAGUUUGCUGACAAUGAAGAUCUACAAGCUGAAUGGCUUUCUGCAAAGAGGGCCAAUAAGCUGCGGUUGGCACAGUACAUUCUGCAGGUUACAGGGGAGAGUAUCGACCCGGAUACACUAUUCGACAUUCAAGUCAAGCGUAUCCAUGAAUAUAAGAGGCAGCUACUAAACAUUCUUGGUGUGAUUUAUAGAUACAAGAAAUUGAAGGAAAUGAGCCCCGAAGAACGGAAAAAAACAACUCCCCGCACCGUGAUGAUUGGAGGAAAGGCAUUUGCAACAUACACGAAUGCUAAAAGAAUAGUCAAGCUAGUGAAUGAUGUUGGUUCUGUCGUAAACACUGAUCCUGAGGUCAAUAGCUACUUGAAGGUUGUGUUUGUUCCUAAUUACAAUGUGUCCGUGGCGGAGAUGCUGAUUCCGGGGAGUGAACUAUCUCAGCAUAUUAGCACUGCAGGCAUGGAAGCAAGUGGAACAAGCAACAUGAAAUUUGCUUUGAAUGGUUGCCUUAUAAUAGGCACAUUAGAUGGAGCCAAUGUGGAAAUCCGGGAGGAGAUUGGUGAAGAAAAUUUCUUCCUCUUCGGUGCAACUGCCGAAGAAGUCCCACAAUUGAGGAAGGAUAGAGAGAAUGGCCUGUUCAAACCUGAUCCUCGAUUCGAAGAGGCAAAGAAGUUCAUUCGAAGUGGAGUUUUCGGAAGGUAUGACUAUAACCCUCUGCUAGAGUCGUUGGAAGGAAAUACCGGUUAUGGUCGCGGAGAUUACUUUCUUGUUGGUCAUGACUUCCCAAGCUACAUGGAUGCUCAAGAAAAAGUAGAUAAAGCAUAUUGUGAUAGAAAAAGGUGGCUAAAAAUGUCCAUUUUAAGCACUGCUGGGAGUGGAAAAUUCAGCAGUGACCGUACAAUUGCUCAGUAUGCAAAGGAAAUUUGGAACAUUGAAGAGUGCCGUGUGCCAUAAUUUUCUCUCAUGCAUUUUAUUGUCUUUGUAUAGCACAGAAACAGAGUUUAUAAAUAAGUGACGGAAGAAAAAACAAUAAUUUAAUUUACUUUUAAAAUAAGAGAUUUUAGCACUCUAUUCUGUAAGUUAUAGCAGUUUUUCUGUUUUAUUCUUGUGUUCAAUGCCUUUAGACCCAAUUUGCUUGUGACAUAUGGAUCCUUCUAUAUGCAAAUAUUUUGUUUAAUCUAAUAUAAUAUCCUUUUUUUU